CUCGGCUGACGAGCCGAUGCCCUCCGCCGGCCUGAAGAGCUCCGGGCCCCUGCUCCACCCAGAGGUGCGCGACCUGGAGGCGAGUGGAGCUGCUGGUGUCACUCUGCGCGAUGGUCGGCGAGAAGACGGUCCAGUGGCGACCCCUGCUGGUCGCCUGGGCGCUCUUCUCCACGGUUCGGACCUUCGAGCCUUGCACAGAGCUGCUGCCCAUUGACCUCCUGGCCAGAGUCCUCCCUGCAGACCCUCGGUCCCCUGCGGUGCAGGUGCUCCGGUCCCACGGUUUCAAAGGGAUCCGAUUCUCCAAUGCCUCGGCAGCAAGUUUCCCCGCCUCCAAAGUCUUUCCCUACUGCGACGGCUUCCCCCCGGAGUUUUCGCUGGUGGCCACCAUCCUGGUGCAGAGAGCCACGGGGAGCCAGUACGUCUUCUCACUGGUGGAGGAAGGAGCCGGGACGCUGCUGGUGGGGCUGCGGCUCUCCGGGACCCGGCUGCACUUCCUGUUCACGCCCCGCUCCGCUCGGGUCUGCCUCGCCUUUGACGGCGUGCAGCUUGAUGACGGUCUGUGGCACACGCUGGUUCUGGCCGUCACCGGGAUCCACGCCUCCCUGACCAUAGACUGUGGACCAGCCUUGGAGCUUUCACAGAGCCAAUCCUUCCCGACUUCACUCAGCACCCGAGGGUCCCGGUUCUACAUCGGCUGCCGCAGGAGUCGAGGACGCUUCUCAGGUCUCCUGCGGCAGCUGGUUCUGCUUCCUGGUUCCGAUGCCGCACACAGGCUGUGUCCUGGUGCUCAGCCUCAUGUGGCCGAACUGCUGGUGCCCCGAGUGCUUCAGACCUCCGACAGGGAGCAGCCAAGACCGAAGGACCAGUGUGUGAGGACCAGCGAGUCUCGGCCUCCAUGUUCCCCAGAAACCAAGAACCAACUUUGGUUUGACACUCGAAGCUUGUUCACGUGUGAUGGGGUGACCUGGAGGAGCCUGCUGACUCGUUCACCACGUCUGGACUACGUGCUGGACUACCAGGACCUGAUCACCAGCUCGGAGACCUUUGAUGUGGAGGUGUUCUCUCUUCCUGCUGAAGGCGUCUUCAUGGCGGCAGCAAACAGGUUGGCCUCCGUCGCCGCUGGUGCCCGCCGUGUCCCCACACCCGUGUCUCUGAGUAGGGACUCCCGGACCGGCUCUGGGAUCUACAGGUGGACCCGAGGCUCCUUCCAGCUGCACCAGAACAUCAGCACGCGGGAGGCUCGAGCUUGGAAGCAUUUCUCCAUUGACUCCCAGAGCUUUCUUGUGGUGGCCAACUCUGGAGAGCUGCAGCCCGAGCUGUCGUUCAUCUACCGCUGGAGUCGCCGGCGCCGGAAGUUCCAGCGCCACCAGAAGUUGGAGACGUCCGUGGCUCUGGACUGGGAGUUCUUCAUGAUCCAGAACCAGAGCUUCCUGGUGGUGGCCAACCACCGGCAGGGCCUGGAUCACAACAUCCACAGCGUCGUCUACCGGUGGAACCCCAACACAGAGCUCUUUGAGGUGAACCAGACCUUGUCCACAUCUGGAGCCUACGACUGGGAGUUCUUCACCGUGGCUGGGUUUCACUUCCUCGUGGUGGCAAACACAUUCGACGGGCUGAAGACCACCAUCAACUCGCGGGUCUUCAUGUGGCGAGAUGGAAGCUUCCAGCCCUUCCAGGACAUUCCGACGUCCGGGGCGGUGGACUGGGAGAGCUUCUGGGUGGACGGACGCUUCUUUCUGGUGGUCGCCAACAGCCAGCAAGUGUCUGGCCACGGUCCCAGCCUUUACAGCAUCAACUCCACUGUGUACGAGCUCCACCCCCUCACACACACCUUCAUCCGCUUCCAGGACAUCCCCACACACAGUGCCGUGGACUGGGAGUCCUUCACCGUGGGCGAGGAGCGCUUUCUGGUGGUGGCCAACUCUCACGACGGCAGCUCCUACUCGCUAAACAGCGUCCUCUACAGGUGGCAAGGCGCCGAAGGAUUCGUGCCGGUCCACAGACUGCCGACGUUGGGCUGCCGGGACUGGGAGCACUUCAGCACCAGCGAGGGCUCCUUCCUGGUCUAUGGCAGCGCCACCUCCAGGCUAAGCAAGGUCUUCAAACUCCGGACUUACUGAGUCCUGUGGACCGGCGGCAGCUGGCGUCACACCGCUGACCGUUUGGAGCCCGAAGCAGCGGCUCCAUCGGUGCCCGGGGCCCAGGACCAGUGUGUGAUCAACAAUAAACCAUGUGGUUUUUAUUGGCUCCGUCAUGAUGUCAUGGCAGG